GCAGUUUAGGAUGCUGUGUCUCUACGUCAUAUAAAAAUCACUUGUUCUCAAAGUUACUUAAGUACCAGUAAUCCUAUAUACAGUAGAAUUGACACAGUGGCUUGCUUCUGCUUGUACCAGUACUGUCCUUUAUUUUAACUCCUCAGAGGAAGUAACAUUGAUGUUUAAAUUAAACUAAACUUAAAAUGAACCUUUGUGGCCCACCUUAACAUGUUGUUGAACACGAUUUACAUUUUCCACAGAAAACACAACCCUUGUCUUGAGCACUCCAUAAGCUGGUUAUCUCAGCCUGGGUCUCAGGGCUUCCCUGCCCCUUCUUUAUGCCCUGUCUCUGUGUCCCUGUGCAGAAGCCCAUGUCUGGGAGGAAGGAGAAGACGAAGGUUCCUGCAGAGGAGAGCUCCAGUGGGGGGAGCAGCUCUCCCAGCCCGGGGGACACUCUGCCCUGGAACCUGUCCAAGCACCAGAGAACCAAGCGGUCCAAAUCAGCGUCCGGGAAUGGGACCGUGCUGGACGCAGCGGAGAGGGCCGUCCUCCGCAUCGCAGGGUCUCUCAACCAUGUCUACAGUGUACAUGUACUGUACAGCAAAUGGCAAAGGGACUGGUCUGAUUAAUUUAUGAGAGGAACAUUUUCCAGGCCGGUGGCAAAACUGUAGAACAGGAGGAUGGAAGACCUCAGUUAACCCAACAGGCUGCCGACAGAAAGGGCAAUACUUGCAUCUAAUAAUGUGAGAACACCACAAAAAAAGGGGUGUUACUUAGGUAACCAGAGAGUUAGAGUUUCUGUAAAGUCAACAAACUCUUUUAAAAUUUUCCAGAUAAACACCAACCAGGGAGAUGUGUCUGAAACCUUGGAAGAUUUACUGUAUGUGUGUGUGUCUGUUCGACUGGCAUUUCACAAGGGCCUGGCAACAAGCUCCCUUCCAACAAAUGUUUUUUAACAAGUUCAAGUCUAAGCAGCCUUGGACGUCACUAAUUUAUCAUUUAUUUGUUAAGAAAAUUUAAAAAAAGCCUCAUUAACUGUGAGAUGGUGUAUUUAUACUCAUCAGCUUUUUAUGCAAUGAAAUUGUAUCUGGGGAGCUGUGACCCAGAUGGCUUGACGUCAGACCAGGAAAUACACAGACACAGUACUAUGGAGAUGAAGCGCUGGUGUGUGUGUUUAAUAAUAAGCAAAACAAACUAACAAGAGACCAAACCAAACAGGUAAAGUGCUGGUGUAAAACCAGCACGGGUAGCAAUAGUUCUUUAUAUUAUAAUUUCACUUAUGACUCAUGUCUCACGUCUCUCGUUCCACCUCUAACACACUAACCCUGUUCAGCCAAAGCUGUGAGUUUUUAUAUUGAUGUGGCUGUCCUCAAACUGGCAAUCAAUAGCCAGUGUGAAAACAGCCACAUUCUACACGGGUAUUUCUGUCAGGGAAGGUUUUUAACUCCUUCCCUGCCAAAGAAAACAUCAAUAAAUAAUACCUUGUUUUUAGCACAAAUACAUUUAAAUAAUAAGAAUAAUACUAAAAUAACACAGAGUACGUACAGGAGCGGGGGAUACCACACCACAGGAGCUCUCCUGUUUUAAUUGUGUAACACAUUUAAACGGAUGGCUUUUUAAAGAAGGCUUGGAGAGAUGUAAUACAUUUCUGUAUGUGUUAAUCCUAUCAUAUGGACAGUAUGUUUAUUUAUAGCCGUCUUGUUAUCUUGUGUACCUCGUCCAGGGAAGAAGAUGUAUGUAACUGUCUGGAGCGUGGCACUGUAAAAUGCACUUGUCUGAAAGAUUUAUAUCAGUGCAGACUUAAGCAUUGAGUCGAGAGGGAUCUCCUGUGCAUUACUUACAAAAUAAUCUAAUUAUUCAUAUAUGAUAAGUGUUUUUACAGUUUGAAAAUGGCUAAAGCUUUUUUUUCUUCCCAAGGGUUUUUAUUUGUUUAUUUAUUUUUGUAACAUGCUUUGAAUGCUCUGGUGUUUGAGGAAUGAAGUGUUAUAACUCAGUCUCUAUUGGUGUGAUAGCUUCCUUGUUCCCUGAGGUCUAACUUAAAAAAGAAAAAGAAAAAUGCGUCUGAUUCGGUAGAAAUUGUUUUCAUGACUUGGGGAGGCAGAAGGAAGUUACGAAAUCUGCACGAGGUCAAUGCAAGAGAUUUUAACACUAGAUUUUAACACAAGGUCACUACUUUGUUCUAUUCUAUAACAGUAAGGACUUUGCUGUUUCCACUUUAAAUUGCUGUUGGUCAAUAAACACGCACUGAUUCCACAACCCUGAAUUAAAAGGAUUCUGUACUGUAUCUUUAAGGCUGCCGUCUCCUGUUAAUAGUCAUGCAGCAUAGCUGCCUGUUGACAUUCUUACCCUAUCAGAGCACAAUAUUUAUGACAGUUGGUGGCUCAUGUAAAAGUAAAAGAAAGUUUUACAUGGUCUACUAUGGCUAAUGUUGGCUAAUGUAGCCUCAAAAUGGGUGGGAUUCUGUCUAUAUUCCACCUCUGUCUGGCAGGUUUUACUGCAAUUGUAUUGGCUACACGAUGCAAAAAAUAACAAUAAAGGUCGUCCAAAUCCUAGAUUGGACCUUCUUCAACAGGGAGGACCAAAACAAAUUUCCCUUUUUAAUUGCUCAUGGUACGAAAAAAUGAAAUGGUAACCAAGCACUGGCCAGCCAGACAACCUGAGUGGGGGUCCUGACAUCACAAUGGCCCUGCUGAGACAUUGCAGCUAUUCUUAAUCACCUGCAUUCUAUAACAAGAACUGAACUGCAUCAACAUCAACAGCAGGAACAUGUCUGAUCAUUCUCAUUGCAGCUAUUCUUAAUCACCUGCAUUCUAUAACAAGAACUGAACUGCAUCAACAUCAACAGCAGGAACAUGUCUGAUCAUUCUCAUUGCAGCUAUUUUUAAUCACCUGCAUUCUAUAACAAGAACUAUACUGCAUCAACAUCAACAGCAGGAACAUGUCCGAUCAUUCUCAUUGCAGCUAUUCUUAAUCACCUGCAUUAUAUAACAAGAACUGAACUGCAUCAACAUCAACAGCAGGAACAUGUCCGAUCAUUCUCAUUGCAGCUAUUCUUAAUCACCUGCAUUCUAUAACAAGAAAUGAACUGCAUCAACAUCAACAACAGGAGCAUGUCUGAUCAUUCUCAUUGCAGCUAUUCUUAAUCACCUGCAUUCUAUAACAAGAACUGAACUGCAUCAACAUCAACAGCAGGAACAUGUCCGAUCAUUCUCAUUGCAGCUAUUCUUAAUCACCUGCAUUCUAUAACAAGAACUAUACUGCAUCAACAUCAACAGCAGGAACAUGUCCGAUCAUUCUCAUUGCAGCUAUUCUUAAUCACCUGCAUUCUAUAACAAGAACUGAACUGCAUCAACAUCAACAGCAGGAACAUGUCCUAUCAUUCUCAUUGCAGCUAUUUUUAAUCACCUGCAUUCUAUAACAAGAACUGAACUGCAUCAACAUCAACAGCAGGAACAUGUCUGAUCAUUCUCAUUGCAGCUAUUCUUAAUCACCUGCAUUCUAUAACAAGAACUGAACUGCAUCAACAUCAACAGCAGGAACAUGUCUGAUCAUUCUCUUGUCGGCUGGCUGUUGGAAAAUGUCAUGGUUUUUAAUUGUUUUUUUAUAUGUAAUUGAAAACAGCAGAGUAAAAUAUA